UUUUUUUAAGCAGCUUUAUAUUAAGGAGGAGAUGGAGGAAGGCACGUCUCCUGCAGAGACUGUUAUAAAAGAGGGGAUGCUAAUGAAACAGACCAGCUCAUUCCAGCGCUGGAAGAGGCGAUACUUCAAACUGCGAGGACGGACGCUCUACUAUGCAAAAACUGCAAAGUCAAUUAUAUUUGAUGAGGUGGACCUGACAGAUGCUAGUGUGGCAGAAUCAAGCACUAAGAAUGUCAACAACAGCUUCACGAUUAUCACUCCAUGUCGGAAGCUCAUCCUCUGUGCUGAUAACAGAAAAGAGAUGGAAGAUUGGAUUGCAGCACUGAAGACUGUGCAGAACAGGGAACAUUUUGAGUCAACCCAGUACAGCAUGGACCAUUUCUCAGGGAUGCAUAACUGGUAUGCCUGCUCACACGCUCGGCCAACAUACUGCAAUGUGUGCCGAGAAGCAUUAUCAGGGGUUACAUCACAUGGACUCUCUUGUGAAGUGUGUAAGUUCAAAGCCCACAAACGGUGUGCUGUUCGGGCAACCAAUAACUGCAAAUGGACAACACUGGCCUCUAUCGGGAAAGAUAUCAUUGAGGAAGAAGAUGGGAUCUCAAUGCCACAUCAGUGGCUGGAAGGAAACCUCCCUGUGAGUGCCAAAUGCACAGUGUGCGAUAAAACCUGUGGCAGUGUUCUGCGCUUGCAAGACUGGCGCUGCCUCUGGUGCAAAGCCAUGGUACACACCACAUGUAAAGAUGUAUUACCAAACAAGUGUCCCCUUGGCCUCUGUAAAGUAUCUGUCAUCCCUCCCACUGCUCUUAACAGCAUUGAUUCAGAUGGAUUCUGGAAAGCCACUUGUCCCCCCUCCUGCACAAGCCCCUUGCUGGUCUUUGUCAACUCAAAAAGUGGAGACAACCAGGGUGUAAAGUUCCUUCGAAGAUUCAAACAGCUGCUGAAUCCGGCACAAGUUUUUGACCUUAUGAAUGGAGGACCUCACCUUGGUUUACGUUUAUUCCAGAAGUUUGACACUUUCCGGAUUCUGGUUUGUGGUGGGGAUGGAAGCGUUGGAUGGGUUCUCUCUGAAAUAGAUAGCCUCAAUCUUCACAAACAGUGCCAGUUGGGAGUGCUCCCCCUGGGUACAGGAAAUGACCUUGCACGCGUGCUAGGAUGGGGAUCUGCUUGUGAUGAUGACACCCAGCUCCCCCAGAUCCUAGAGAAGCUGGAAAGAGCAAGUACCAAAAUGCUGGACAGGUGGAGCAUCAUGGUGUACGAAACCAAACUCCCUCGACAGGCAUCCACCUCCACCAUCACUGAAGAUUUCAAUGAGGAUUCUGAGGUACAGAAAAUUCUCUUCUAUGAAGACUCUGUGGCUGCUCAUUUGUCCAAAAUCUUGACUUCUGACCAACACUCUGUGGUCAUCUCCUCUGCCAAGGUGCUUUGCGAGACGGUAAAGGAUUUUGUGGCUCGAGUCGGGAAGGCAUAUGAAAAAGCAACAGAAAAUUCAGAGGAGUCGGAGGUCAUGGCCAGGAAGUGCUCUGUCCUGAAAGAGAAGCUGGAUUCCCUUUUGAAGACAUUGAACGACGAAUCACAAGCCUCUUCAUCUCUUCCAAACCCACCUCCCACCAUAGCAGAGGAGACAGAAGAUGGUGAUGGAUCUGGCAGUGCCUGUGAUUCUUCUAGUGACCGCUCAAUGGGAUCCUCAUGCACUGCCAGACCCCAGAUAUUCCGGCCCCGGGAGCAGCUAAUGUUGAGAGCUAACAGCCUGAAGAAAGCCAUUAGGCAAAUCAUCGAGCACGCAGAGAAAGCUGUUGAUGAGCAGAAUGCUCAGACACAAGAGCAGGAGGGCUUCAUCCUUGGGCUUUCCACCUCUGAGGAGGGAAAAGAGCUGAGGAAUGAGGAUAAAAUCUCCCUAGAGUCAUCACAAAGUGGCAACUAUGGAAUUUCCAAAGGGAGGAGCCAUCGGAAAGUGUGUAAGUCUCCCUGUGAAAGACUAAUAAACAAAGGAAGUUUGUCACUCGGCAGCUCUGCAUCUCUUCCUCCCCAGACAGGAAACCGGGACAACCUGCCAAUGCUGAACACAAAGAUCCUUUACCCACGUGAGUCUGGUAUGUCUGGUUCUCUGCCUGGCAGUUCUGUCAUCACCCGAUUAUUGAUCAAUGCAGGUCCAUUUAACGCUGAGCCAGAAAACCUGGAAUGUUACACAGAGAAGUGUGUCAUGAAUAAUUAUUUUGGAAUUGGACUGGAUGCAAAGAUCUCUCUGGACUUCAACAACAAACGUGAUGAGCACCCAGAGAAGUGCAGGAGUCGCACUAAAAACAUGAUGUGGUACGGAGUGCUGGGGACCAAGGAACUGUUACACAGAACAUACAAGAACCUGGAGCAGAAGGUCUUGCUGGAGUGUGAUGGACGUCCUAUCCCUUUGCCCAGUCUUCAGGGAAUUGCUGUACUUAACAUUCCUAGCUAUGCAGGAGGCACCAAUUUCUGGGGAGGCACCAAGGAAGAUGAUACAUUUACAGCCCCCUCCUUUGAUGACAAGAUCUUAGAGGUGGUAGCUGUGUUCGGUAGCAUGCAGAUGGCUGUGUCACGAGUGAUUAACCUACAGCAUCACCGGAUUGCACAGUGUCGGACGGUUAAGAUAGCGAUCCUAGGAGAUGAGGGAGUACCUGUCCAAGUGGAUGGAGAAGCCUGGAUUCAGCCUCCUGGGUAUAUUUGGAUUGUUCAUAAGAACAGGGCACAGACACUUACCAGAGACAGGGCAUUUGAGAACACACUGAAAUCUUGGGAGGACAAACAGAAAUGUGAGUUGUCCCGGCCCACCUCCUUCACCUUGCAUCCAGAGAUCAUGUCAGAAGAAGAAUCCACCCAGAUCAACCAGUUUGGCCAAGCAGCGGGAGCUCUGAUUCACAGUAUUCGAGAAAUAGCACAGUCCUAUCAAGACAUGGAACAGGAACUUGCUCAUGCAGUCAACGCCAGCUCCAAAUCUAUGGACAAAGUGUACGCCAAAUCCAAAUCAACAGAGGGUCUGAACUGCAGCCUUGUGGUAGAGAUGGUGAAUAACGUUAAGGCCCUGCAUAAUGAGACAGAUCUGCUGCUUGCUGGCAAAAUGGCACUGCAGUUGGACCCCCCCCAGAAGGAACAGCUCCUAGCAGCACUGACAGACAUGGAUCUUCAACUGAGGAAGCUAGUGGAUAUCCCUUGGCUAUGGCAGCUCAUGGAGCCCAGCUAUGAAGAGAACCAGAUGCUGGAUUAUUCUAAGCGCAGUCGCAGCGGCAAAUUUCGACUGGUGACCAAAUUUAAAAAGGAGAAAAACAACAAGAAUAAAGAGACUCGUAGUAGCAUGGGACUGCCGGUUCACCUCUGGGGAACGGAGGAGGUUGCGGCCUGGCUUGAGCAUCUCAGUCUUUGUGAGUAUAAGGAUAUCUUCAUCCGACAUGACGUCCGGGGCUCUGAGCUCCUGCAUCUCGAACGGAGGGACCUCAAGGACCUGGGAGUGACCAAGGUGGGUCACAUGAAGAGGAUAUUACACGGGAUCAAGGAGCUGAGCCGGAAUACUCCUGCCAGCGAGGUUUAGCCUCUGUUUUUGCAGCCUGUGUCUACCAUUCCCCCUAACGUCUACACAGCACUCACCUCACAGAGCAAAUGUGCUCAAAACUAUCUCAGCAGAUCAGCCAAGCUGUAGCUGCUCAGAGUUCAUAUUGACCAAUCAUGGUGCUACCUUUUUUCAUGUGGGUACAGCUGUGUCCAGUCAAGAGACACCUUUUGUGUUUAGAAGGGUGGAGUUUCCUGGAUAUAAUUCACCUGCUGGUUGGACAAAAUCAUUGUGCUCUCAGACAUGGAAAGUCUUGGUUCCAGGAACAACACAGGUCUCCUGACAAUAACAACACAGCUACCUUUAAUGUAGAAUUUCAUCAUAUUGGAAUUAUUCAGGGAAGAAGAUGUACUGGCCAGUCUUAGUCCAGGAGUGUCUAGUAGCCUUUUCAGAUUCAAGACUUUCCCAUUGGGCUGUAUGUCACAGCUGUAUUGUACAUCACACAUAUGGGACAGAACUUUUUUUUCUCUUGUAGGACAACCCUUCAGUUGCAUGUAACUUGCAACAAAAGCUCAAAACCAGUGCAAGUCGCUAUUAUAUAGCGAGUGAUUCUCUCUUGCACUUAUGCCUUCCAGUCAGCAGCACAUAUGGUUACAACAGUCUUUUGCACCAGCCUGCAGUCUUUCCCUUGGCCUGAGACUGUCCAUUCUCUGUCAGCCAGCAACAGUGAUACAGCUCCAAUAUUCCCAGCCACAGCUGGCAGCUUUGUGGGAGUUCCAGCCAGCCAGAGGACAUCAUCCGACUCAUGUCUUAUCCCCUGAGGCUGGAGCAAAUGUAUGACAGGCAAAUUGACUCUGAUUCUGAAUUCACUGGUAGGAGACUGGGGGAAAGGAAAUUCUCAGGGCAGGAGAGGAACACAGCCAAGAACUUGGGCCAGUCAGAAAGUAUAAAUUAGUCAAAUCCAACAUAGCUUUUCCCCGUUUUCUUAGGGAUGCAGCCUGUCAGGCACUGAUUUAGACCCACUUAGAAAUGCUUUCAUUUCCAUUUAGUGCCAUUUCCAUGGCCCCAAGCAAGUGCUUUUAUUCCUAUACUUGGAAAGAAAACUUUCCUGUCUCAAAGGGACAAAAAGUUCUCCUUAAAACUUGCAUCUCUUCACCUAGUUCAGUUUUUACCCAUUUUUCUAGGUCUUUCCCUCUUCUCCCAAGCUGCUUCUUUCUCUUACCAGUAGAUUUCAAAGGAACAUCAUGCAUGCUUCUUGGGACUGUACCUGCUAGUGAGAGUCCAUGUAUCAUGAAACAUUAAAGGUCACACAGAAGUAUUGAUUGUUUGGUACAAGGCUGGUGAACAUGUUGAAAAGUGUGUGUUUGGUGAAUAGCCCCUGGUGUCACCAACUGUGCAAAAUGGGAAAGCCAGCACUUCUGAAUCAGAGAGCCUAGGCUGCUUUCACAUUCUUGUUUCAUUGGCUGACCCCUGUUGUGUGAUUGGCAAAGCCCAGAGACCCAUGUGCUUCAUUGAGUUGCCACAAGUCUCCCUGGGGAGGGCACUGGAGGCCAUGUAGCACUGCCAAGAUGGGAAGGAAUCUUAGUUAUGUUCUACCUUUUGUAUGCAUGUAAUCUUUAGUUUUUUUUACAGAGUGGCAUUUGCCUGACCAUGGCUGUCAGCAGCAGAAUAAUACUGUAUGCAGUAUGAUCUGAUUUCCUUAGUUUCUUUUUCUUUAUUAAGAUAACCUUAGCUCUGUGCAUCAACUGAACCUGCAGUGUUAGUUAGGGUGUUUUAUGUAAUGAGUUUUGUACCUUGGGAGGUUAUAGGCCAGUUUUGUCCCUAGUGCCAACUCUGUUGAACUCAAGAGGAUCAUGCUAAGGAUUUCUCUGGUCCUCCAUGGUUUACUCAUGUAAAGUUGUUGGAGGGCUACACUUGCUUAAUUCUGAAACCAAAACUAGCGUAGACCUUGUGGGGAGGGAGCAGACAGGAAUAUGUUAGCUUUGCUCCAAUUGCUGUUCAUUAGUCUCCAUUUCCACAGUGUUUUUCACCUGUUCAGUACAAAGCUCACAUGCGGAAUUUGAUGCCAUAUGUAUUGGAUGAUACAGAAUUGUACAUACAAUACUUCCCCCCAAAGUUUUUCCCAAUUGCUAUGAUUUGCUUGUCAAGAUGUUAAAUCUGUAUGAACAUGAGGAAAUCCCACUGUUAAGCAGAACCAUUGGGCAUUGCAAGAAUAUUCCUGAACUUUUGCAUUUUUGCUGGUGAUAAUCAAGUGACAGCCACUUCCCUUUCCCUGUUAGCCCCUUUGUAUAGAACAGCAUAUGUAUGUAGGGCUGGGAGAGUACCUCAGGAAAUAGAAGUACCAUGUGAUUACCCUGGAGAAAGAUACUGCAAGGAGAAGGGGCUUAUCUUUUGUUCCACCGACUGGUGGAUAAGAUGAAGGAACCGUGGUUCUUGCCAUGUGUUCUCCAAGAAAGAGGCAUCAUGUGUAUUUACCCAGCUUUCUUUAUUGAGUUCUGGGCCAAUUAUAUUCUUCCCUCUAUAGGAUCAGCCCGUCUGUAUCCUUCCCACUGUGAUUGAUGGUGAGAUCCAAAGAGCUCACCCCAUAUUUAAGCAUGUUCUGUAGAACUGCACCAUAUUGCAGAAGGGCUGAAGAAUAUCAAUACAUCUGCUCUGAGUAGCGAGUUUUGCAUUGAGAAAUUUUCAUGUCAUCAAGGGUUAAAGUCUGCACGUUUAUUAUUUUCCCCUUUGUUGAAUCCUGAUCCAUUUUUGUGUGUGUUUCAUCAACAUAUUCAUUGCCAGUAUCAUGCUCUAUCCCUGAUUGAGGGAAGGUCAACCUUCUUUAAGAGUUAGAGAAUGUGGUCUUAUUCAAUCUGUGUGCCUUUGGACAUGCAUCAUGGUGUGUGUGUGUAUUUAUGUUUUGAAGGGAAGGUUACCUCUGUGUACCACUGUGCCAUUGGGAAUAAUGCCCAGAGGUAAAAUGGGAGCACUGGUGUUAAUCAAGAAAAGAUGUCCCUGAGAAAUAGUAAUACUGAGGUUCAGAAUUGUCCCUCUGGCAUCUCAGUUUUUCCAUAAGAGAGAAACUCAGGAAAAAAAACAAAACAGGCUGACAAUAUACCACUGCUGCUUUGCCAAAGCAGAGGCUCUUCUACUAUAUCAAGCAAAAUGGCCACUUGGGAGAAGUUGGCACUUUACACAGCUUGUACGUGUAUUCUAAUUGUAAAGAAAUGUGAGUUGUGUUUAGGCUUCAGGUCAUCUUCUGCCUCAACAUCGCUGUACUCCCUGACAUUGAUUUUGGAGGAAGGGGCAGUAUCGUACUGUAGGAACUAGGCACACAAUUUCUGUUAGCUAUAGCAGGAUUCAUUGCCCAAGCAGUGCACUGGAAAUCUACACCUGUCAGCCCAUAGUCUUUUUCAGUCCAGUGGAGUUGCCUGCACUAGUUUGGGACAGAAUUUGGCCAUUAAAAUUAGCUGAGUGGGAAUGUCCCUGUUUGGACCUCCUGUAAGAAGAGGGCAUUUGUCUGUAGCAUGCUUUGACCUGUUCUGAUCAGGAGUUUCUUGCACACUUUCAACAGGUGUGUGCCGGCUGCUCACAGCAUAGGGGAAUUGUUUCUUGUUUGGUUCUACUGGAGCUUUUCACCGUGUCAGACCACGAAGACUUGACUGGAUAUACGCUCCACUAGAGAGGUUGCAUCUCUAGUAAGGAGCCUCAGAUUGCACAGAGGCCCUUUAUCCCAGUGUCUCUUGGAAAGUGCUUAAUGUUGGACUUCUCAUGUAAGCUUUCUCUGUUUUAGUAUUAUUUAAUGCGGCAUACACGAUCUGCAUGAUAAAGUGACAGACUGUUUACACAGGACAUUUUGAAUCUAAAAGAAAUGUGUGUACUGUAACAAAAAGGAGAGGAUGAAAACUUUGUUUGUGUACUGCUGUCUGCAGUGAUUGGAUGUCUGUCUCAUUGCCCACCCACUAUCAUUCCUCAGGGGUGUCCCACCAUUCCUGUGAUCCUGUUAGAAGCAUGGGGAAGCAUCUGAAUCCCUGUACAGUCUUGGGAAAAAGGUUUUGUGCCUUAAGAAUGGGACCUGAUUCCCUCCUAUUUAUUAUGUUAAUUUAUACAGUGAUUAUCUUGGAAUUGUCUUGUAGUUUAUGUACAUAGUUUGCUGUUGACUGUUGUAAAUAGUUUUUUUUCUUGUAUAUAAAGUAAACGUGUUUCUGAUCUUCCAGUAAAGAAUUCCUCUAGUUACUGUUUUCAUCACUUGAGAGGGCUACAGUGCCAGCUUCUUGGGAAAUGGGAACUCGGAGGCUGUGCUGGGAGAGGAUAACUUUAUCCUGAGCAGAAUAAAAAGUUCAAAAUCUUCAAAGCUGCUCCUGUAAAAAGGGGAUUUACUCAAGAAACAAAGAGAUUCUAGCCAUGAUUUGUGUAGAUUAACAAGAUAAGAUCUUCUUGCUCUAAUUAUCUAGGGUGGAAGAGAAAACAUUAUAUAUUUUGAAUUUUUGAACAAGUGUCUAUAAAUCUAUAAAUAUGCUAUAGAAAGAAAAUGAAAUGCUUGUACAUGGAUUCAGUGGCUGUCAGCUCAUUGCUAGGAUUGGGGAUUUGAUAGGAAUCCCUUUGAUGUAGCUUUCCCUUUACAGGUCAACUGUUUUUAUUUUUGUUUUUUAAAUGGCCAAGAAGUUCCUGCGCCAUUCUAGAUUGUUGUCAGGAUAUAAGAAGCUAUUCCCUUUUACAUCAGACUUUUAAAUUCUGAGCUAGAUUCCUCUCUUUCAUUUCCAGCCUCAUUUCACAGGUGCCUAGAAGGUAAGUGUUUACAGGUACAAUUUAUAGACUGAAAAUUAGGGAAAUGUUAUUUGCAAUAACUUUUCAGGAAAUCUGGAAAUCAGCUGAGGUAAAAGAUAAAUAAUACAUCUCUAAGCUUCAGACCCGGAAGGUUAGGGGGUUGCAAGAGAAGGCUGUAGGCCAAAUUCCAAAUGAACUCUACUUCCAUCUGUAUAAAUAGAGCGAGGUCAAUGUGUACUUGUAAGAUUUCAGUAAGAAUCUUGUAACAAAUUACUUCCAGUCUUAGGACCCAGUUCUUCCAGUGCUCCAGUAACAGUUUCCAAAUAGGAUUCAUUCAAAUGAAUUAUGAUGUUUGGGUGAAGUAAACACUUUGCAGUAGUUAGACUGACCGCUUUCUAGAGCUGCUCUGUUGGAAAGAAGGAAUGUUUUAAGGUGUUGGGCACAAAGGAAGUCCCAGGAAUAGGGUAGCCUCUCUGCCAGCUGGCACUGCUAAAACACUACAUUAAGGUGGUAAUUCUAAGAACUUAUUUACAAGAAAGAAAACUAAGAAUGUAAUAUAAAUGUACACCACUGACUCCUACCAGCUGUGGGGUUGGAACACUGUAGUAAAUUAUGAUAUGGAAAAAAGUGGUUGUAAGAAGGCCAUAUGGAACGCCACCAAGAGCAGAAGAGAAGAGUUAACCCGUAACAGUACAGUUGUAUUUUGUUUGGUUUUUCCUGUUUUGGAUUGCAGAAGUCAGCAGCAUCCAAAUCUGGGCCACAUUCUGUCGCAUUGGAUGCAGUGGGGCAAGUUCUUCCCAACUGGCUGCAUUGUUGUGGUUGAGGCUGACCUAGUGGGCCAGGGAAGACGCUAAAUAUACAGAAGUAGUGGUGGGAUUUCUGUUACUCUGUGUUGUCACUAAGUCUCUACUGUGUUUCCUUCCCUGUCCCCCAAGGCUUUUCUCUUGCUUUGUGCAAAAGAUGGGGAGAGACGGAGGGUAAAGGGGGACACCUAGAGGUAACAUCCUGCCCCAGUUGUCCUUUGUGUCAAUCAGUAGCACCAGAAAUGACUGGUAAUCUCUGUUGUGGCUUCUUCCAUGCUACCAACCAGUACACUGCCCUCCUGUCUAGCAGGCAUCCGCUGUGGGCUGUCUCACAGUUGGAUGCAUAACCACAGCUACGUCUUGCGUGGAAACUUCAUGCCAGAGUGCCUGCAGUGGAAAGUGGUGCUGAUGUUAGUGAGCUGGCAUCAUCCCUUUUUCACAACUGGAAUAAUACACUGCAUUUCUUUAGCAGCUUCCAGCUUAGGAUCUUGAAGCAUUUUACAACCCUCUGAGACAGUUCUGUAAAGUAAUAAAAAUUACUGUGUCAACAAGGAGCAAACAGAUGAAAGACCCAGCAAGAUCCUCAUGAUUGGAUCUUGCUGGACCUUUGCAGGAGAUUCUGCACAGGCUUUUCCUGGAGCAGGUAGUGAUGGUUUGUUGUGGGAGUCUAAUGCAGAAAAUAGAUCAAUUCAAUGGCAGACCUUCUUUGUAAGAGGAGGAGUUGGUUUAGAGUGGGCAGGUAAGUGCUUGCAUACUAUAUGCUAUUUUGUGUACCCCUGACAUUAAUGCACUUACCACAUUGGGUAGGUGCUUUGAAGAACAAAUAUCAGUACCUGAAAGGAUAGGAUGGGGUGGUCCUGUGACCAGCUUGCUCUCUGCAUAGACUCUCAGUGUUAACUGGACUGGAAGGACAAAUUUGGCCUAAGCUCUUUUCUUUGCUAUAUAAAGAGCAGAAUGCUGAACUACUUUUUGUCAGGGGCAUUCUUCAGAGUCCUGCUUACAGGGUCCUGCUGUGCUUCUGCAUGAGCUGUACUAGCCUGCCAAGGGAGAAGCGUUCUGUGCCUUUUGCUCUAUCGUAAGUAAAGAACCUGCCAAAGGUGGCAUAUCUUGUAGAAUCAUAUCUUGUUCAUGGGGCAACUGAGCUAUUGGAGGCAGAACUGGACUGGCCUCAGGAGACCUGGCUUCUAGCCCUCACUGCCUCUGGCCUGCCGUGUGAAUACAUGCGAGUCUUGCUACCUCAGUACCUCCCUGUCCCCAUCUGUAGAACAGGGAUGGUGCUAUCUCUUUAAAAUCCUUUUAAGAUACUGAUGGAAAAUGCUGUGUAAGAGUUGGAUGCCAGAAUGCUGUCUCACCUAAAAGAAACCCUGGGUGACUAGAAUUAUACAUCACUAAGCCAAGAUCAAGUAGAACUUGUGAAGGUAGAAGGCAGGGUGGCACCUUAGAGACUGACUGUCAGAAAGGUAGAGAGGCAUGAGCUUUCAUAGGCAGCAACAAAUGCUAUGAAAGGACUGGCAAAAAAGUGUUAUAUAGAAGGGAAAGGAAUAAGGGAAGGAGAUGCUACUAAGAGAGGUAAAGAGAAUUGACUGGAUCAGUUGAGACGAACAAGGUAGGUAGCACCUUGAGGGAUGAUGGAUUUACAGCUGGUCCAGAUAAUGGGAUAGGAACCCACAGUCCUUGUUGAGACAAUGGUUAACCCAGUCCAGUCUGGAUGAUUUCUUGUUCCUCUAAUUUACAUUCCAAAUUUUGCUGGACCAGCUGUUAACUCCACUUUCCCUCAAGGUGUUAACUGCAUCUUUCAGACCAUCCAAUUAACUUACUCUUUACCCCUCUGCACUGUCCCCUCCUCCAUCCCUUUCCUUCUAUAUAAAACCCUUUAUUUCUGCCAGUCCUUUCAGAGCAUCUGAUGAAGUAGAUUGGAUGCUCUUGCUUCUCUGACCCAGUCUGAAGUCAGAAGGCAGGGUAGUAUGCACCUUUACAGACUGACUAAGAUAGAGAAAUCACAAACUUUGUU